AUGAUGGCGGAUAGGAGAAGAGUCAAUGGCCCUCCUAGUGGCACCAGACCUGCUGUAUUCACAGCUGACUUACAAUUGGGUGCAAGUGCAACAGACCGAGCUCAGCGCCAGAGGCAGCCGUCCGAGCUCAGGAAAAUCUUCCUGAAGACCGGCCUCAUUCCUACAGCCUCUGGCUCCUCAUAUCUUGAAUUUGAACCAUCCGCCUCUCUUGCUGCCGCUCGCGCAAACCCCAAAUCUCUAAUUCCUCCCUCAUCGGCAUUGAAGCUCGCGUGUACAGUUCAUGGACCGAAGCCACUGCCGCGAUCGGCUGCCUUUUCACCAAAUAUUGUUCUCACCACACACGUCAAAUACGCCCCCUUUGCUGCCCGUCAGCGUAAGGGACACAUUCGGGAUUCGGGUGAACGUGAUCUAGGAGUCCACUUGGAGACUGCUCUUCGUGGAGCCAUUAUUGCCGAGCGAUGGCCCAAGAGCGGGCUCGAUAUCACAGUCACUAUCCUGGAAGCCGAAGAUGAUCGAUGGUGGGGAAGCGCGCCCGACUCGCAUGAUGCCUCUUGGGGAAUGAUGAAUGUUCUCGCAGGUUGCAUCACAGCCGCCUCGGCUGCCAUCGCAGACGCUCAUAUUGACUGCCUGGACCUCAUUGCCGGCGGUGUUGCUGCUCUUGUGGCGGACGAAAGUGGUAAUAGUGCUGCGGGCACGACGAAGCUCAUGCUUGACACAGACCCUGCUGAGCACCGGUCCAUCCUGUCUGCUUGUGUUGUGGGGUAUAUGCCUGCCCGAGAUGAGAUCACAGAACUCUGGCUCAAGGGAGAUAGUUCUAAAGCCUCUCUUGAGGAAGGCGAUGAUAGGUCUGGACAUGAUGCCUUGAUAGAUGGUGCUGUGGAUGCCGCCAGAGGAGCACACACGGUUCUUGCAGAAGCUGUACGGGAAUCGCUUCUAAGAAUUGUCGGCCAAUCUUAA